AUGGUGAGCCCGGCUAUGCUGAAGGGGAUGAACACGGAGGUGUAUGGCGAGGGGCAUCCGUUCGGCGAUCCAGCAUGGUAUCAGGCAUACAACACGCCCUACUACAACGACAGCCACAAGCAGUUCCGAAAGCUGAUGCGCGAGUACGUUGAUGAGCACAUCAUGAGCAAUGUGCACGACUGGGACGAGAAGGGCGUCAUCCCCAAGGAGAUGUACUUGGAAGCUGGCAAGCAGGGCACACUGGCCCUAUGCAUCGGAAGGCCCUGGCCAGAGAAAUACUACGGCAAGGCUCCUUGGGGCUUCGAGCCAGACUAUUUCCAUGAGCUGAUCAUGUACGACGAGAUGUCACGGACCGGAUCAGUCGGCUUUCAGUGGGGUAUUGCUGGAGGCACCACCAUUGGCCUGCCGCCGGUCUACCACCACGGCAGCGAAGAGUUAAAGCAGCGCGUGGUCACUCCGUGCGUGAAGGGUGAGAAGGUCUGCUGUCUGGCCAUCACCGAGCCGACGGCGGGCAGUGACGUAGCCAACUUGAAGUGUUCUGCGAAGUUGGAGGGCGACCACUACAUCUUGAAUGGUGAAAAGAAGUGGAUCACAAACGGAAUCUUUGCAGACUAUUUCACUGUGGCCUGCCGAACAGGAAAGCCGGGCGUGGGUGGAAUCAGCUUGCUGCUUGUUGAGAAAGACAUGCCCGGAGUGGAGACGCGAAAGAUGAAGUGCUCGGGUGCGUGGUCAUGUGGCACCACCUACAUAACCUUUGACGAUGUCAAGGUGCCGAAGGGCAACCUUCUCGGCAAAGAGGGUAAGGGCUUCCAAUACAUGAUGCAGAAUUUCAACCACGAGCGCUUCGCUUUCUGCGCCAUGAGCACGCGCUUCGCCCGAGUUUGCUUGGAAGACUCCCUGAAGUUCGCCGGCAAGCGUAAGACCUUCGGCAAGACCCUGAUUCAGCACCCAGUGAUUCGCUGGAAGGUGGCAGAAAUGGCCCGCAUGAUUGAAGCAACCCACAACUGGUUGGAAUGGAUUACCUUCCAGCUCAAUACCAUGCCCAAGAUGGAAGCCAUGCUGAAGCUGGGUGGACACACGGCUCUCUGCAAGGUCCAGUGCACCAAGGUCAUGGAGUACUGUGCUCGAGAGGCCGCCCAGAUCUUCGGAGGCUUGUCCUAUUCGCGCGGAGGUCAGGGAGAGAAGGUGGAGCGACUGAACCGCGAAGUGCGAGCGAUGGCCAUCCCUGGAGGCUCCGAGGAGAUCAUGCUGGACUUGGGUGUGAAGCAGUCGACGAAGCUGGCUCAGAUGGCGAAGAUGUUUGCAGAGGCCGCGCCGCAGCAGGCCGCGGCCAAGCUCUGA